UCGCCAAGUCUGACGGGGGGCACCCUUUGCCUUAUAUCCCACUCACAUAAUUUUAGUCUUAUUCAAGUUUAUGCGGAGGCCAAUUUCGGGUGCCUCUCUGUCUAGGCUUUCCGUCAUUUCUUGAAUGCAUUUUUAUUUGUAGCCCCGAGUAGUGCAACAUCAUCAGCAAAGUCCAAGUCCGUCAAUCGGAGUUGUUCAGGCCAUGGAAUACCAAAGGCAGUCUGGUUCAUUGCUCUCCUCAUUAUGUAGUAGAUGGCUAGGAGGAAAAGGAAGGGAGAUAAGAUGCACCCCUGUCUCACACCUGCCUCGAUGAUGGAAAAUUUUGCCAAGUUAUCCUUUAUCUUGUGUGCAGUUGUUGCUACAAUAUAUCACAAUGCAUUAUGGUGUGGAUUUGUAUUUGAUGAUAUGUCUGCAAUAGUGGAGAAUAAAGAUCUUAGACCAAAUACACCAUUUUCAGACUUAUUUUUGAACGAUUUCUGGGGCACACCAAUGCAUAAGGAAAAAAGCCAUAAGUCUUACCGACCUUUGUGUGUGGCAACCUUCAGAUUAAACUAUGCUCUUAGUGAACUAGAGCCAUUAGGUUAUCAUUUAUUGAACAUCCUUUUGCAUUCUGCUGUUUGCAUUAUAUUUAUGAGGGUUUGUUUAAUGUUCAUGUCUGAAGCUACCAGUUUUGCAUCAGCCUUACUUUUUGCAGUCCAUCCCAUUCAUACCGAAGCAGUUACUGGUGUUGUAGGGAGAGCAGAAACUCUUUCUUCUAUUUUUUUUCUGGGAGCUUUUAUAUUUUAUUCUAAAUCUACAGGAUACAGAGAGAAAACAAAAUGGGUAGAAUUGCUCACCACUGUGUUUUUAGUGACUGUUGCCAUGCUGUGUAAAGAGCAAGGCAUAACUGUUGUUGGUGUUUGCUGUGUUUAUGAGAUUUUUAUUGUUCAAAGGUGCACUUUACAAGAACUGUUGAUUAUAUUAAGAGGCAUGUUUGGCAAGAAACCAUCAUUUCCCCAGUGGCUUAUAACAUCAUUAGCAAGGGCUGGAUUUUUAGUUUUUAGUACAACAUUUCUUUUAUUUGCUAGAAUCAAAGUUAUGGGAGCCCAGCUGCCAGUAUUUACUAAUUUUGAUAAUCCUGCCUCAACAUCACCAACUCCAGCUCGCCAAUUGACUUUUAACUAUUUGUUAUCUGUUAAUGCAUGGCUUCUGUUAAAACCUUCCAAUUUGUGCUGUGAUUGGACAAUGGGAACUAUUAAGGUCAUCUCAUCAUUUUUUGACCUUCGUAAUCUUUGUACACUCAUAUUUUAUGCUGUCUUAGUCAUUUUAUGCAUUUUCGCAGUCACCCAGCAGACACAAAGAUCAAGAACAGUACUAAUGAGUUUGGCAUUAAUUGUUCUUCCAUUUAUUCCUGCUUCAAAUUUGUUCUUCCCUGUUGGUUUUGUUGUUGCUGAAAGAAUCUUAUACACCCCAAGCUUUGGCUUUUGUAUGUUGGUAGCAUUUGGUGCACAAGUCUUGAAAGAAAAGUUUAGCUCAAGAAAUUGUUUUAUUAAUGUCGCCCUAGCUUUUUUGAUUGUGGCUUAUGGAGUCAAAACGUAUCUACGUAACUUUGACUGGGAAUCAGAAUAUACAAUAUUCCGUUCAGGCCUAAAAGUGAAUCAGGAAAAUGCCAAACUAUUUAAUAAUGUUGGUCAUGCCUUAGAAAAAUUACUAAAGUUUGAUGAAGCAUUACAUUAUUUUGAAAAAGCAGCCAGUGUUCAACCUGAUGAUAUUGGUGCUCACAUAAAUGUUGGCAGAACUUAUGUCCAACUUAACAAAAGUCAACCAGCAGAGUUAUCAUAUCUGAAAGCCAUCAGUUUGUUUCCGCCAAUUAUUAAAGGAAAAUCUUAUCAAGCCAGGGUUGCCCCAAGUCAUUUGAAUGCAUAUCUCAAUCUGGCAAACUUGAUUUCUAAAGAUCCUAAUAGAUUGAGAGAAGCUGAUCAGUUACUGAGACAAGCUAUCACAAUGAGGUCUGAUUUUGUUGAAGCUUAUAUUAAUCUUGGUGAUAUUCAAGUCAAACUUGGCAAGCUUGAUGAUGCAAGAGCCACAUAUGAGGCAGCUCUUAAACAAGAUCCAACAAAUGCAGAUCUUUAUUACAAUCUUGGUGUUGUCCUUUUAGAACUAAAUCAAACAAAGAUUGCCAGGGCACAUUUUGAAAGGGCUCUACAGUACAACCCAGAUCAUUGGCAAUCUUUGUAUAAUUCUGCUAUACUGAUGCAAGAAGGAGGAGAUCCCAAAGAAAGAAAUUUGGCUUUUAAAAGGUUGGAGAGGUUAAAAGUACAGAAAGGGGAGGAUCCAAAAGUUUACUUCAAUUAUGCCAUGCUGGCGAUGGAUGAAUAUAAAUUUGAAAUUGCUGAGCAAAAUUUUAAAAAAGCUAUUGAACUUGAUCCAACAUUUCGCAGUGCCUUGUUCAAUUUAGCCUUAAUGUUAGUCAACAAUUUGAAUAGACCUUAUGAUGCUAUCCCUAUUUUAAAUCAACUUCUUGAGCAAUAUCCUGACCAUGACAAAGGUCUAAUUUUGAUGGGAGAUAUUAAUGUCAACACAUUAAAAGAUUUGGAUGCUGCUGAGAAGAACUUCAACAGUAUUCUAAGUAGAAAUCCAAGAAACAGCCAAGCUAUGCACAAUUUGUGUGUUGUUUAUGUGGAAAGAGGAGACUUGCUUCAGGCUGAGAAAUGUCUUCAGCAAACCCAAGAGCUUGAUCCUACUGCUGAAUACAUUCAGAACCACUUAAGAAUUGUCCGCAACAAAAUAUCUGAGGUCAGAAGCAGAAUGACAGCUGAUAAAAAAUAUGGACAGCAACCAAUGAAUCAGCCUUUUGAAAAUUUAAAAGAUGAAAAAAACAAAUUAAGUAAUCAAGUUAGUCCUCCAUCUGAUAAAACUAAUACCAGAUGAUAAAUCAUUCAUGUUUUUUUAAGUUACUAUUUCAAUAUUAACAUAUCUCACAAUAUAUCACAAUAAAUAUUAAAAUCUUUGUAUUUCAUGUACAUUUUUUUAAAAUUGCUUUUCAUAUCAUUUUUUUUUAAUAAGCCAAUAAAUAAAUAUAUAUGAAUAGUUUUGUUGCAUCAGUAGUCUGACCUCAAAGCAAAACAUUUAAGCCAUAUCAACAUGUUUAUGUCACUAAGAUGGAUUACAUGUCCUCGCAUUUUUUAUGUUUUUUUAAAUCUUAGCAACUCUAAUGUUUCAGAUUCAAAAUUUAUAUUGACCCAAGCAAAUUUGUUUAUAGAUGGUGCAUUUUUUGUAUCUGUAUGUCAUUUUUUUUUGUUGCUUCUAAAUAAACUAUUUCUAAAUAAA